AUGGCCGACUCUCUUACCGAGGAGCAAGUUUCCGAGUUCAAGGAGGCGUUCUCCCUGUUUGACAAGGACGGCGAUGGACAAAUCACUACCAAGGAGCUGGGCACCGUUAUGCGGUCCCUUGGCCAGAACCCCUCCGAGUCUGAGCUGCAGGACAUGAUCAACGAGGUCGACGCCGACAGCAACGGCACGAUCGACUUCCCUGAGUUCCUGACCAUGAUGGCUCGCAAGAUGAAGGACACCGACUCCGAGGAGGAGAUCCGUGAGGCCUUCAAGGUACGGCUUGGCUCGCAGCCAGAACGAUUCCUGGCCCAAUAUUCUAACUUGUGCCUCCUCCAGGUUUUCGACCGCGACAACAACGGCUUCAUCUCGGCUGCUGAGCUGCGCCACGUCAUGACCUCCAUCGGCGAGAAGCUGACCGACGAUGAGGUCGACGAGAUGAUCCGCGAGGCGGACCAGGAUGGUGAUGGACGUAUCGACUAUAACGAGUUCGUCCAGCUCAUGAUGACGAAAUAG